UAGCGCCAUCUCUUGCUCUAGAUCUAUAUACCGCGGCGGUACGUAAAAUAAAAAAAACCGAAGUUGGUGAGAAAUAUGGCGCUUGUUUGCAACAUUUAGAAUCGUUGAAGUGAACUUUGUUUAGGUUUUUCAGCUUUCCAUCAGAAACACAUAAACAUCAGUAUGUGGCACGAAGCAAGGAGGCAAGAACGGUUAAUCCGUGGAAUGAUGGUAGAUUACAAGAAAAGAGCAGAGAGGCGUCGAGAAUACUACGAAAAAAUCAAACAAGACCCAACUCAGUUUUUGCGAAUCCAUGCCAGAUCUUCCAAGAUUCACCUGGAUCCAGCUGUAGCAGCCGCUGCUGAAGGACCACUUACUAUGAUGCCAUGGCAGGGUGAUUCCAGUCACAUGAUUGAUCGCUUUGAUGUCCGAGCUCACUUGGAUUAUAUCCCCCAGCGUCCAGCGGCUAUUCCAACACUGGAUGAGAUAAGAGAAGACCAGAAAUGCAACUAUGAGCGGUAUCGCACUCUCGUUCACAAUGACCAUGCUGGAAUCUCUGAGGAGCAGUGUCUUCAUCAAAUUUAUGUAGAGGAGAUGUUUCCAGAUAUCCAGAAAAGACCAGGGGAAGAGAAAGAAAAGUUAUCUGCAAUGAAAGCUGCUAUAGGUUUUACUUACGAUGAAGGUGAAAACUCCAAUCUGUCUCUGGAAGGCAAAGAUGCUUCAGAAGAGCAAGAGCAGGAAGUAAUUGACAGUGACAGUGACUCUGAUGUCAGCUUCUCAGAGAUUGAUCUAGAUGUUGUGAUUGAUGUAGAUGAUCUGACAAAGGAAAGUAAGGUUCAUCUCAAUGUGUAUGGAGAAAAGUAUGGAAUGGCUCCAGAGGCAUUCAUAAAAAUGCUUGAGAAGGAAAAGAUAGAAGCUGAUGAUAUGAGGAGAGCAAAGGAAGAUGAAGAGGAGAAAGCUAUGUUUUCUGGAAGGAAAUCCCGUAGAGAAAGAAGAGCUAUCAUUGAAAGAAAACUCAGAGAAAGGAAGGCAGCAGGAAAUAGUCCACCGAGCUAUGCUGCACGUGGUAGUCCAACAUAUGACCCAUAUCCAGGUCGAAGGUCAUCAAGGUCAUCCUCUAGUAGCCGUGACAACUCCCCAGAGCAAGCAGGCAAGGUCACCUUCAUCACCAGCUUCGGAGGCGAUGACGAAGAGGACAACGACAGUAGCAAAGCAAACAAAGACGAGAACUCUAGCAAAAGGUCCUCAUCUGGUCCGUCCUCCUCUUCCAAUAAACGUCUAGGAUCCUCAUCAUCUCUCAAUCGUAGCUCUGAUUCUCACUCCAAAUCAUGGCACAAGAGGGAUUCUAGAAGGUCUUCCACAAGAUCACGAUCACGGUCUCAAUCAAGAGACAGAGGAGGUUCUUCCUACAGACGUGAUGAUCAACGAUACAGAGGCAGAUCACCUUCCGAUUCGCAAGUCUCCUCCAGGUACAGGCGACGGUCACGCUCCAGUAGCUACUCCAGAUCACGUUCAAGGUCACGGGACCGGUAUCGCAGGUCACGGUCCAGUUCUAGGGACAGGAGGCGCUCUUACAGUUAUCAGCGACACUCGCGCUCAAGGUCACCUUCACGCAGUCACCAACACAUUUACCGCCGCAGGUCAAGGUCAAGAUCAAAGUCAAGAAGCAAAUCCCCACCGAAACGAUAUGGUAUGAUGUCUACUCUGAACACUUUAAGGAAAGAAACAGAAGAGAAAAGUAUUGCUAAACCUGCUGCUACCCCCAACAAACCCAAACUGACUCAACGUGAGAAACUGAAACUGAAAAUGCAGAAGGCCUUGAACAAACAACAUAAAGCAGAUAAGAUCAAAGAGUACAAGAAGAAAAAUACAAAGAUGUUAGAACAAGAGGAUCGAGACAACGUACUCAGAGAGCAGGCUAGGAAGAUGAGGAUGAGGGAACAAGAGAAGAAAGAGAAGGAACGACAGGAGUUUGGUUGGAGGCGCUCUAGAUCUCGUUCACGAUCAAGGAGCCGUUCCUUUUCCCCACCACCAAGACGCAGUUACCAUCAUUCCCCUCCCAGGUCCAAGUAUCGAGACUCGAGGAGCAGAUCCAGUUCUAGAUCUAGAUCCAGUUCCGGAUCCAGGUCUAGAUCCCGGUCACCGCCUGCUCAGUAUAGGUAUUAGUAUUAGCACGGUCCUACUCCAAUACAUCAAAAGAGCUUCGAUUGCUUGAAGGAUUCAUGAUGGUGUAGAAUGGGAUUAAGAGUAAGGAGGGAUGGUAAUGAGUGGGAGAAAGAGGGAGAGAGAGAUAGAAGGAGAAAACAGAUGAGUGUGAGAGAGAGAUAAAGAGAUAAAUGGACACAGACAGAUUGGGGGAGGGGUAGGAAAAGUCCCAACUACCAGGCAUCACCUCUGGCUGUUGAUAGCGCUGUCGAUCACCAGUCUUGAUAACUUGUACACAUCUUAAUGCUCCGUUACCAAGGAGCAUAUAACAUGCUACAUUUGUCAAGUGGUGUUGGGUCUGAAUGACAUGAUACUGAUUGUCUGUUGCAAGCUAUUGCAAGUGGCGAUAAUAUCUGAUAUCACUUAAAGAAGUCGAGACCUAUGUAUUGGGAAGAUGUUAAAAUUGGGGAAAAGAGGAAAAUAUCUGCCAAUUAUACAGUUCACUUUAUUUCCUGUGUAAGUGGGAUGCUACCUGCACUGCUUAACUUGAGAUAUGUUGUAAUUUGUAUUUUUACAAGGAUUUACUUGUCUAUUCACAGAGAAAAAACUAACCAGAAGGAGUCGAUAGGAAUAACUUAUUGGCCCGAAUUCACAAAGGUGGUUUUGAAAACCCACGGGUGAAUCCAUGGCAUAUGCAGAUUUCCUGUAUAAAUUACGCUUAUUUUACCGCGUAUUGGGCGCUUGUAUAAAAAAUUCCAAUGGUGAUGCGCGCUUUUGUCAGAGUGCGCCAAAUUGACACCUGUUACCAUGGUUAGAUACGCUAUUUUAUUCAUGAGUCCACUGUUUCAAGAGUGGACUCAUUAUUCAAAACAGUAGACUCAUGAAUAAAAUAGCGUGGAUAACCACGGCAACAGGCGUCAAUUUGGUGCACUCUGACAAAAGCGCGCAUCAGCAUUGGACAUUUUUUUAAUAUAUGCGGUAAAAUAAGCAUAAUUUAUACAGGGAAUCUUCAUAAACCAUGGACUCAACCGUGGGUUUUCAAAACCACCUUUGUGAAUUUGGGCCAUUGAAUUCAUAUAAGUUUAUGUGGAAAGUGAAUAUUGACAUUGAACUUGUAGGAUAACCUUUUCAGAAUUUCAUGAAAAAAACUCCAUUAAUAUGCCAGAUGUUGGGGCACUCAACUAUAAUGAUAAUAAUACAUAGGAUUUAUACAGCUUUUCCAUUUUGAUUGAAUGCUCAGGGUGCUUAGACUAGAGCAAACAUAAAAAAAAGUGAAGAGAACUUAAAGAAGUACAAGAAAAGGCACACUACAAAUGAGGGAAAAUGUCUAUAUUGCUGGGCACACAUGAUCUCAACUUUUCUGAACUGCCCUUUAUUUCGUGGUCAUUUUAUACUUUAUUUGCAAGUAAAAUCUUAAAAUCUUGCAUCUACACUGAUUGUGGUAUAUUAGAUGCCCUAAAUGCACCACUUAUGUUUUGUGGCUUAAAGGGGCACUCCAGGCUUGCAAUAAUAUGAUUUGAACAGAUAAAGAAACAUCAGAUAAACAAAACAUUGACAUUUUUAUUAAAGUUGGAAAAGGGAUAAUAAAAUCAUGGCAUUUUAAAGAUUUGCGUUAUUUUGGUGAAAACGACCUUGGCAUAUCUUCAUGAUUAUUCAAUGAACAAACUGAUGAUGUCAUAUACCCUUUUUUUUCUUUUGUAUUGUAUUACAUGAAAUUAUCUUUAUUUAGUUUUUUUCCCAAAAGAACCACAAAAAAUGAUUGACAAUUGAUGUAAUGCAUCAGAUAUUCAUUGCUGCAACUUAUUUCAUUACAAGGGAGAUAUAUAUCAUUUUUCAUACAUGUGUGAGUGAUAUCACUCACACAUGUAUGAAAAAAUGAAAUAAUUAUGACUUCAUGUAAUAACAUCAGAGAAAGGAAAGUGGGAAUGUGACAUCAGCCCACCUAAUGAAUAUUCAUGACAUGCAUUUAAUUGUUUUCACUAAAUAUUUGCUAGUACAUUUUUAAUGAAAUCUUCAGCAUUUUGCUUGGAGAGUUUUACUCUAUUCAUUAAGAUAUAAUAAUUUUCAGCCCAGAGUACCCCUUUUAUCUGAAAUAUUGCCAUUUUAUACCAUUUUUGUUGGUCAUGCAGUUGAGCAAAUUUAAAAUAAACAUAAAUGCUGAUUGUAAUGAAUUUUAGUGUAAAGAGUUAUUGUAAUACAUUUUGCUUGUACCCUUUGCCAAUAAUUACUAAAAGUACAUUACAUGCUGAACCUGUCUCAGAAUUAUUAUGAACAGGCAUGGUGGGGGGAAGGGGGGGCACAUAACCCCCCCUUUCUAGCUUGUCAACAAUUUUUUGCAGGGAAAUACAGUAAGCAUUUUUUUUUUUUCUUAGUCAUAUUUUUUCAAGCGCCUCUUGUUGAUGCUGUACAUGUAGUACAAUCAAGCUUGGGACAAAUUUGGGUAUUUUGUUGAAUAUUCAGAUUUUUGUAGGUCUCUACCUGCAAUUGUUUUCUCUGUAAAGUGCAAAUUAUAUGGUCUAGUUCAUGAGUUGUGGUUCUGGUACAUCUAGAUAUUCAUACAUGUUGGUACAUGAAUUGGUACAUGAAUUUAGAAAAAGCCACUGGUUAAGCAUUUGGAGAAGUUUAUAAAUCCCUCCAAAUGUUCCUUAUUAAGGUUUAACAUUUCAACUUUUGUUUUGGUAUUCAGGGAUGUCUGUUCAUCUUUAAAUCUGAAAGCUGUUUUUCAUAAUUGAUAAUUGUUAGUGAAAAUCAUUGAUAGAACACUUGAUGAAAUGGUGUUGUAUAUGUUAGGCCAAAUUAAGAGUGUAAUGUUCCAAAUCCUUUCUUCCCAUCAAAACACACAAUGAACUACAAAUAAAUGAAUGAUAUCCUAUAUUCAAUGACAAAUAUGCAUUAUGGAUUAUAUUACAAUUUACUUGGUCUCUUUCAGGUUGGUUAUUAAUGAAUGAAUCAUGACGUUGCUUUCCAAUUAUAUCAACUUUAGAUGGAUGUGGUAGCCAAAAGUUUUAGAAAACACAACAAAAAUUGACUCCUCCCUUCUUCGAAUACCAUAACUUUUUGUAAAGUAAAGUACAUGUAUUACCUAACCAAUCUCUCCUGCAGGGAACUGUCCAAGUUGUCUAAACACACUAUAGAACUAUCCAACUGUAUAUGGUCUUGACUCUACAGUAAUACAGAAUUUUCCAGAGGUUCAUAUUUUUAU